AUGUCUGAUGCGUUUGCUUUCAUGGAAGAUGAGGACACAGUUUCCUUAGCUAUUCAGCUUCAGAUGGAAGACAUCAGUGACACCGAAUCAGGAAAUAAAGGCAAAAUACGAGAGGACGACGUUUGCGAUGCCGAUGUUGCUCGUCGUAUUUAUAUGGACGAACUGAAAAAUUUAGAGUCUAUUGUUACCGACCGCAGGAUAAGUCGAAGCAUGGCAUCUGCUGUGAUUUCAGAUGGACCCCUCUCGUCAAAGCAUAGUGGUCGGAAGUCUUUAGAGGUUCAUGUUCGAUGCGAUGUAUGUCAUGAAUCGAAUCUAUUUUUUGAUGUCACGCAGGUGCCGUGUAGCCAUAGCUACUGCACAGAAUGCUUGGGACAGCUGUUCAACGCUUCACUGGUUUACGAGUCCCUUUUCCCUCCUCGGUAUUGUCGGAAGUCAAUACUGAUAGAGCCCAUUCGAUUUUUUCUGGACUCAGAACUCAAUGAAAAGUUCGUUCGCAGAAAGACCGAGCUUGAGACUCCGAAUAGAACCUACUGCUACCAGCCAUCAUGUUCGUCAUGGAUUGGCCCAAAAAAAAUCGUCGGUGACCUAUGCACCUGCCAGUCUCAUGAUGGUGAUUGUCCUCAAGAACCGGCAAUCAAAGAGCUUCACGACCUUGCAAAAAGCAACGGAUGGCAAGAGUGUCACAAUUGCCACAGAAUAGUUGAACUAGGCAUGGGAUGCAUCCACAUCAUUUGUCGUUGUGGCGCUGAAUUCUGCUACCAAUGCGGGGAUAGAGGGAAGACUUGUCAAUGCCCACAAUGGGAAAAGGCGAAUCUCUUAGACCGAGCGAUUAAUAUUGCAAAUCGAGCGAAUAGAGGCAAUGUGCAAGCCAAUGGGCAAGCCAAUGCUGAGCAGAUUGAAAUAGCGGUUGGUCAUUUGCGGGAGCACCAUGACUGUCAAUAUACGGUGUGGAGAUCAGUCAGAGGACCUCACAGAUGCGAAGAAUGUCGAGACCAUCUGGCCAACUUCAUUUAUCUGUGCCAGGAAUGCGGAACUCAAGCUUGUCGUCGUUGUAGAUUGAACCGGAUGUAAGAUUGCGCAUGUACUCUUGACUGUUGGUAGCAGAUUGGGGGUUGCGUAAGGGUGUCGCGACACAUUCGCUGUUCUGGAACCAAAAUGUUAAAGGAUAUGAGGAUUAUUACAUGUGUAUAAUCGCCGUUAGCACGGACGAGUGUGUCGAGUGAUACAUUAUUAGUGACAGUACUUGGCGUGCCGAACGAC